AUGAAUACUUCACUAUUUUCAAUUCUUCUUUUGAAUUUACUUAUUUCAUUUUUAUUGAUAUUAAUUUCAUUUUAUUCUCUCUUGUUCUCUUCUCUAUUUAUUCAUAAUUCAUUGUAUUUAUUUUAUAUUUUAAAUUAUCACAUCUCCAGAUAUAUUCUCCUAUUAAUUCAUACUUUUCCAUUUAUAUAUUCUUAUUUACAAUACAAUUUAAUAAUAUAUGUUCAAUUGACGAUAUUUUAUUAUUAUAAAUACUAUUUUAAAUUAUUAUUUCCUGUAAUCAAUGCUUUCUUAAUUCAUAUAAAUGUACCAUUUUCUUACAUUAAUUUUAAUUAUUUAUAUUAA